AUGCCGUAUCUCGCUUCCUCUGACACUUACCACUCCCUUCCGCUUCCCCCGCACCUCCCCCCUUUCCCUCCAUAUUCCCUGACUCUACACACAACCCCCAAUUCCCCCCCCCUCCACCCUGCGCUUGCGCUUCCCUCCUGGUUCCGCCGUUACCCCCAUGGGCGGGCAGGCGAUGGUGGCGGCGAUAAAGGUGGAGGUGAUGGCGCCCUCGGAGGACCGACCCACGGCAGGCGCUCUGCGUGCUGGUAUCGUGCGACCUACCGCCCAUCUGCUCAGCAGCAGUGCGGCCUGGCCGCCCCCCAGACAUGGCGCACACCAUCUCGCACCACCUCACCUCCCUACUCACCAGGUAACAGCCCACCCUCCCACCCGCCACCUCUGCUCUCUCCUGCUAUUUCUUCUGCGCUCCCUCCUGCUCUCUCCUGCUCGUUCUUGCUCUCUCCCACAUUGCUGUCACCACCGCUACCACCCAAUGCCUCCACACGCCAAUAUACUCUUCUUUCGUUUCCCUCGCCCAUCCCCACACGCGCCUUCUCCCACACGCGCCUUCUCCCACACGCGCCUUCUCCCACACGCGCCUUCUCCCACACGCGCCUUCUCCCACACGCGCCUUCUCCCACACGCACCUUCUCCCACACGCGCCUUCUCCCACCCAUUCACAGCGCCGCGUGUGUGGAUCUCACGCACCUCUGCAUUGUGCCGGGCAAGGCUGCAUGGGCCAUCUGGCUGGUGCGUGCUGCCUUCUCCCAUGCCCUCUCCCCACUACCCACGCAUUGUCCAUGCCCUACCCAUGCUCUCCCUUACUUUCUGUCUCUGUGUCGUGCCGGGCAAGGCUGCAUGGGCCAUCUGGCUGGUACAUGCUGCCCUCUCGAACCCCCCCCACCCCCUGUCCUGUCCCCUCCCCCCCCACUCAAUGCGGCUCAUGCACUCAACCCCACUCAAUGCUUCUCCCCUCCCACUCUCCCCUCUCCUCCCCUCUCUCCGUCCCCCAUUUCUCCCUUCCCCAGCAGCAUGCCUCAACUAAUUCCUCCCUCAAACCCUCACUCCUUCACCCCUCUCGCUCAACAACUCCCCCGUCCUCCCUUUCUCUCCCAUCCCUCCAACCCUUUCCGCCCAUCAGGACAUAUGACCCUCCCUGCGGUUGAUGUGGUGGCGAAUGGAAAGGUCUUUCUGCAUUCGCAGCAGGGCGCACAGGCGGAUGGGGGGCGCACAGGCAGCGAGGGGGAGGGCGGCGGGGGAGGCAGGGGUGACGGGGAGGGGGUAAGUACUGAGGAGGGGAGGAGGGACAGGGGCGGAGGAGAGGGCGAAGAAGCAGGUGUGGAAGGUGGGAAGGGAGCAGAGCGGGACGGGGAUGGGUUGGUGGUGGAGCAGACAGUAGAAGGGAGGAGACUGGAGCUGCAGGCGCUGCCAUUGGCCCAGACUGUGUGCUUGUAUGGGGGGCACCUGCUGGUUGAUCCUACAGCAGAGGAAGAGCGGCUGGGGAGUGGCAGUAACAAUGUGAUUAUAGCGAUGGAUAUGAUGGCGCGGGAGGAGGGGUCAGGGGCUGGGAAGGGUGCAGAGGAGGAGGGGGAGAAGGGAGGGGGAGGGAAGGGGGAGCGGAAAGGAGUGGGGAAAGGGGGAGGAGUGGGUGACGGAGGAGAGGAGCUGUUACUGGUGUUUAAGGCGGGAGGCUCAACAAGACUAACAGCAGCAGGCAUGCAGGACUGCAUUGCAGCAGCAGCGGUGAAUUUGAGAGAGAGGAGAACCGCUUUGCUGGACGCAUUGGCUGAGGCAGAGAAAGGGGAGGAGGAGGAAGAGGAGGAUGACGUGGAGGAAGGGGAGGAGGGGGAAGAGAUGGAGAACUGA